CGUAAAUACUGCACAGCAGGCAAACCAAUCUCAACCCACUAUAUAAACCUCCAAAACCCUAACAUCCCAGCAUUUCUCCCACCCGCUACACCGCAACUCAGUUAUGGCAUGCACAAUCGAUUUCAGAAACCUAGACGAAGGUUUCGGCGGCAAGACCUACAAGCGAAAGCGCCAAGAGUCAGAAAACCCCGCCCUGACCACCACCAACACCGAAGACAAUGCCUCCAUGGACGUAGACGACCAAAUGUGUCCACAUACCGCAAAGCGAUCGGCCAUUGCGUCCUCAGACAAUCCCGAUAAGCCGAUAUUUGGUCAUCCUACUUAUGACGGUGUGAUCGCCGGAAAAGUGUCGGGCAGGAAGUGGAAGCAGGCGCGGAAACAACGGGCGUCGGCGAGCAAAGUGAGCGUGAGAAGAACGAGUUUGGAGGUGAGGGAAAAGGAGAAGUUGAUAAAAAAAGCGUAUAAAGAGAGGAUGAAUGAAUUGAAGGAAGAGAUUAGACAGAAUAAGAUAGAGAAGAGGAAGAAAGCUGAGGAGAGAAAGAAAAGGAAGGAAGAAAAUAUAAUGAAAUCUGGAACAAAGUUUCAGGUCAUAUCUAAUAAGAAUACCCUCAAGAAAAUUGCCAAGUCUAAGGACAAGAAAUUGCUUAAGGUUGUACCUGAAGAUUUCGUCAACAAGAAUAAGAAGAAAUAGUUUCAAUUUGUUUCUGUUUCAAUGUUUUUGUUUUUGCUAUCAAAAUCAUUUAAUGUUGAAUUAUGAAGUUUUCAUUUUGUUUGAUUUCGAAUUGUUGAAUUGAAGAAGACAUAAAUGAAUAUGUUAGUUCAGUCACCAA